AAUCCAGCCCCCCACGUUGCAGCUUCUCGGGCGUGGUUUUAAGCAUCUAUAAGAAGGGAGCAUCUCCUGUGGGUUUGCUGAAACUCUCAGCUCCUGCAGCCCCUUAUCAGCUACCUCCUCCUGCUGCAGCAGCCCUGUCCUCCUUCUCCUCCUCCUCCUCCUCCUCCUCCUCCAGGACGAUGGAGAGCUCCGCACCGCUGCUGCUGCUGCUGGGCCUGCUGGCCGCCCAGAGUCCCGCCGGUCACGGACAGGUAUCACAGGAAAUCUCCGCCGAAGAGUUUGCAGAAGCUGAACCUGCUGCAGACAGAAACCUGGUGGAAGCGUUGGAGGCUCUGCUGGGCCAGAUGUACCACCACCGUGUUUCCUCUGCGGAGAAAAGAGGGAGCAUCCCACUGUGCGGGAUGGGUGAACGCUGUGCCAUGAAGUUCGGGCCUCGCAUCGGGAAGCUCUGCGACUGCGGAAGAGGAGCCAACUGCAACUCCUACCUGCUCAAGUGCAUCUGAGCCUUUCAGGACUCGCAGUUUCAGUUUCAGCUCUGCAGGGCUGCACAUCCUUCAGCUGGAACCUCCACCAACCAACCAACCUCCCUGUCUCUCAGCAGCUGUCGGUGUCUCAUAUUUAUCUUCCUCAUGUGUGUUGAUGUUUAGGCAGUUGUUGCCCGAGGAUGAGCAUGUGUUUACUACUGCCCAAAGUCCUGAUUGUGUCCUGUAGCAUGUAUGUGUCUGAUCUUCAAUAAACACAAGUG